AUGCAGUCAUCACGAUUCCAGAGCAUCCGCUCCCGCUUCUCUCCCACCGACAUCCGCACCUCCUUCCGCCGGUCCUCCUCGGCCUCUUCCGAAACAAGCAGCUCACGCCACUCAUUCAGCUCCAACUCGUCGUCGCCUGUGACCACCAUCAACUACGUCCUGUUCAGACAGCCGUCGAUCCUGGACAUGGAGAAUGAGAAGAAGAUAUCAGGCUCCGAGCUGAACGUGCUCGAGCCCAGGCCCAUUGUCUACUGGGGCGGCGUCGAGGAACGAAUGGGUUCUCUCUAA